CUGAAACUAAAAGACUAUCAACAGAACUUCCGGAAUACGUUAAUCAUCUGAACAGUUCUUAGAAGCAAAUAGACAAGGGGAAAAUAUUUCACAGAAGAUUUGGGCAUUUGACAGUCGUUCGGUUUUUGGAUUUUAACAAGUUUAGAAAUAAUGGAUUUCUCAUGCAAAGCGUGUCUCUUUAUAUCAGUUGUGUUAAUGCACGUGGGUCUGAAUUCAGCAGCAUUUUGGAAUCCGCCAGAUAUCUCGGAUUAUGAAGACCACCCGUGCCGGCGGGAUUGUUUGAGAUCUACAUCUAUGACUUGUAAAUAUAACUUUACAAUUGAACAUUACCAGACAUUGUCACGUGCCUGUUUCAACUGUCCCAAUAAUAUGUCUGACUGUAGUCGGCCGCACUGCGUCCCUGCUGACGGAUUUCUGCGUGCAAUAAAAGUGGUCAAUAGAAUGAUGCCGGGACCGGCACUUCAUGUUUGCAAGGGUGAUACGCUUGUUGUCAAUGUAUACAAUCAGUUGAAUGAUUUCGAGGGGACGGCCAUACACUGGCACGGUAUACUGCAGGAAAACUCGCCUCAUAUGGAUGGUGUUGCGAUGGUUACACAAUGUCCUAUACCAGCACAUUCUGUUUUCCAGUACAAGUUCCAGGCGCAGAACUCAGGUACCCAUUAUUGGCAUGCCCAUGCAGGGUUACAGCGAGGUGACGGAAUAUUUGGAGCACUAGUUGUUCGGGAUACUUCGGUAACUUCCGUGAAGAGUCUUUACGACGAAGACCUUCCAGAACAUACAGUGUUCGUACAGGAUUGGCUUGAUCAGUACUCCUCUGCUAAAUUUGCCUUACAUCACCACGGAAUGAGUGACAACCAACCGUCUUCCAUUCUCAUAAAUGGAAAGGGUACAACAUUCGGACACGGUUCAAAGGAUUCUAUGGAUCAUGGCGGACAUUCAAUGAGCGGGUCGGGUGGCAUGGGUGACAUGAAUGAUGACAUGAAUAAAACCCACACUACGGAUCAUAACGCUACAACGGAUGAAAUGGCGGAUAUGAAUAAAACCAACGCUAUGGACCAUAACGACACGAUGAAAGGAAUGCCAGAAUCCACGGUAUCAACAGGGGAAGCAACUCAAGCUACACAUGCAAAUCAUAAUAAUAUGGGAUCUACCACGAUGGCGCCAAUGAACGAUCAUAACAUGACAAAUUCAACUACACACACAAAGAAGGCGUUUGUUCCUCACAGCGUUUUUCGAGUUGAGCGAGGGCGGCGGUACAGAUUUCGGUUUAUCAGCAACGGGCUUUUAAACUGUCCACUAAAGGUGUCUGUAGAGAAGCAUACUCUGACUGUCAUAGCGAGCGACGGCAACGAUAUCAAGCCCUCAGAAGUCGAAAGUAUAACAAUCUUUGCAGGAGAAAGAUAUGACGUCGUCUUAACAGCUAAUCAGUAUGUUGAAAACUAUUGGAUGCAUGUAAUUGGCCUCGGGGAUUGUGAAAUCAAGAAAACGUCACAAACAGCUAUCAUUAGAUACGAAGGUGCCAUGGAGAUGAACCCAACAACCGGAAAUACAUAUUCAGACGGCGAUCGCAAAGGCAGGAGCGGGAACCCGAUGACGUUUCAUGACGAUAUAGUCACCGUUGCCGACAUGACGUCAGAGGUCGCACCAGACGAUGUAUACACCGCCCACAAUGUGCAGAGGUUUUACAUGAAUCUGGGAUAUAACGAAGUAGAGAACUAUCAUUUCUUGGACUCUGAUCACUACCCCUUGGCAGAAAUGUACCAGAUGCACAAGGGUUCCCAUGGCAACCAUCUGUUUGCCUUACAGAUGAAUGAUAUAACCUUUAAGAUGCCAAUGUCACCUGUAUUAACGCAAUACAGAGAUUUGGACGAGCGGAUAUUUUGUAACGAAACCUCGGCACCUGUCACUUGCCAUAACGAUUUUUGUGAAUGUGUCCAUCGGGUGAAAGUCGACCUCAAUGCUGUUGUGGAACUUGUCCUUAUUUCAAACGGUAUCCAUGGUCUUGGGAACCACCCCAUGCAUCUGCAUGGCCACGCCUUCUAUGUCCUGGGAAUGGAAAAGCUAAAUACGACCAUUUCUCGGUCAGCUAUUGAAGAACUUGACAGACGAGGGGUUCUCAAGAGAAAUUUAAGAAAUCCAAUCAAGAAGGACACAGUUAUGGUCCCUGAUGGCGGAUAUACAAUAAUCCGAUUCAAAGCGAAAAAUCCAGGGUUUUGGCUGUUUCAUUGCCACGUGGACUUCCAUUUUGCCCUCGGUAUGUCCAUUGUUCUCCAAGUAGGCGAAAUCCAUGAAAUGCGACCGGUUCCCGGCAACUUUCCGAGAUGCGGCAGCUGGCACUACACAGAGGAUUCUACGCCAUAUGACAUGUGUAGCAACAUAAGUAACCAUGGAAACAGAAUUUUUAACAAUCCAGCAUAUAUUAUGCUAUUAUUGUUAUUACUUACAGUGGUACAUAAUUUCUUUUUGAUGUUGUAGGGACUGCUAUGAUUCCGACAAAAGAAAGCCAUUCUAAUAUAAAAUAGUUCCAAUAUUUAGUUACUCUAGGUGGUGCUUCUAAGCUUCCAGACUUUAUCAGUUUCCGGAAUUGCACUUACAUCAGAGGCUUCAUCUAGGGUAGCUGGACACUCUUAUACAGAGUUAUUGUUUCACCGCUUCCGCUUCAGACGACAAAAUCGUCAAGAGAUUGGACCUUCCUUUGUGUCUGACUGUAAAAUACAAAAAGCAGAUCUGCAUUGUUUCGUCGGAUGCAAAAUGGAUAUUUUAGUCGAAUAUUCGAAGAAUAGGUAGAGCUGUUGCAUUCACAAAUGCGUCCCCAGCGUUCCGAUUUAGUUAAGUUUUGUAUGUAAUCUGGUACUAGUAUCUCAGUAUUGAAACUUAACAUACAUGUACAUUGUGAUAAUCUGACUCACACUGUACAGGUUCCAUUAUGUACCUUUUUCGUCUGAGCAUUUUUGUUUGGUUUUGUAUGUAAGCUAGUAUCUAAGUAUCCACUAACGGGAAUGAAUUGAAACUUUAUACACAUGUUCACUGUGGGGAUCGGACAUGAUCCAAUAACUCUGUUUUGCUUUUUCACACAGUUAUUUCCCUUUCUCAACUUAGCAAUUCUUUUUGAUACUGUAUGUUAUUUCAUUAAACAUCAUAAAAGUGGGAAGUUCUAAGACUCAAAGGUUUUGCCCCUUUUCUAGUUGUUUAUGCCAAUGUUCUCAUUAUUUUAUCUUUUCUUCAGUGACAACGCAUUUAGAUAGCCGAGCGUUGUUGUCCUCCGAUAUCUCUUAUUGUAUGUAGUAUUAAGUGCAAUUUUCUAUAUAAUGUAACAGAGACAACUAAUGUGAUUUGUGUACCAUAUUUAUCUCAAAUGUGUUUGUCUUUUGGAUUUUGUUUGCGUUUGUUUGUGUUUUUCAGUGCAUGAUAUCUGCCUUGAAGACAGUCCCCUAAAUGACUUCCUGGCCUUUUUAAUAAGAUAUCACAGUAAUAUUAUUUUUCUUGUAGUCCUAUUUCUAGGAUUAUCGGUGAUCAGUAACAAGCUAUUUUAUAUUUCCUCGGCAAUUUUCGUAUCAUAGUAUGCUUUUUUGGCCACAAAUUGCUGUUAUCGUACACGACCACUACCUUAAUGAGCGUCAAAUACAAACUUUUGAAGUAAUUUUCUUACGCAUGCCAAAGUGACUACAUGUAUGAAGUUAAACACGGGGGCCUUCGAGGCUGAAUUGUGUCAGUCGUUGGCUUCGGAUCACGCCCGAUGCCGCUGUGUUUUCGAAACCUCGUCUUUCAUCUGAGGGAGCCAUUCACCUGCCUUACAGAAAGUGUGCCAGGUGCAUGCCCCUACCUGUAAUAAUGCUGGGAGGGGCCCUUAAGGUCUGUCACAACGACGGGAACAAGAACAGAAAGAAAAUGCCAUUGUACAUGUUAUAUACCCUACCUCUAGGUAUUCUACGAGAACCAUGAUACCCAUUGGAGAAAUAUACUAGCCCCUUUCAGUCGCGUAUUUCUCAUCUAAAAAGUUGAGUUCAGCAAAUGGGUACUAUAUGCAAUUGCUAAAUUAUCGUCCAUCGUGCGCCAGUCACAUUUUCUAUAUGUUUCUUAUCGUGUAUUUUAUGUCUUCAUCAGCGUUUCGGGUAUUUAUAAAAGUUUCUCUUGUUUAGUCUCUGCGCCUCGUUAUAGGUGUAAAAUUGUGAAUAAUAUUGAAUGUUGCAAAUUGUAAAUCAUUAUUUUUUAAUAGACGCAAUGCCAUGUAACAGCUGUUGACUUACAAACGUAUUUAAGGUUAUCCACCGUGUGAAGUCGUUACUUUAAGAAAUUGGAACAGUGUUAUAGUCCGCUCUUUUUGAGAUAAAUCCUGUUUCUUAAAGUAACGACUUGAUACGAUGUUGUGUUUUCGCUUGAAAGUGUGCACUCAUUUUUGAAUAGAAAUGUAUUUUUCACCUAUGUAUUUCAAUCAAAUGUGCUAGAUUUUUAGUUUAGCUCACCUUUACGAAUUAUAUUACAUUUAAUCUCUGUGAUUGCUAAUCCAUUUGACACAGACUUCAGCUAUUGGCAAUAUCUUCAUCCACAUUGGAGUCAUUAAACACUGCAAUGAGAGCUCCAGCUUCCUAAGAUUAGAAAAAAUUCAUACAACUGUUACUUUUUCAAAACAUAAAGAAAACAUCAUAAUGCUUGUAUCGUCCGGUGUUAGGAUUACGAUAUCGGUUCACCACAUGGCUGAAAUCUUUGUGAAAUAAUACAAAACAUUAUUUCAUUAGUUUGCACUAAGUGAACAUCAGAUACAGUGACGAAAAUUGCCAUUGCUGCAAAAGUCACUUAUAGCCAGCCAUAUUGUAAAUAUUCUUGUCUUUCGUAAAACUGUCUGUUUUCUGAACAUUGAACAACUUUUGUAAGCACAGUAUAAUUACAUAAAAUGUGCUGUCGUUUACAUAAUUUUGCUAAUAUUAUGACGUUCUUGCUGUUCUUGCAGGAAAAUCUCUCAGUCUGUACCUCAAUCUACAUGUACGUUCAUAAUCAAACAUUUGUUCUUCCGAUCACAUGUCUGAUUUUGCAACCAUACUUUAAACGUGACUGUCAACAGGCUGUUACAAGACCUUGAAAUCCGAAUUAGUGCUUAUGUUUUUGAUAAUCUUCUUUGUCAUUAAAUUUUGAUAUGCAAUAUGUUAAAAGUUGCUAUUCUUGGACAGAAUUGUUCAAAACUGUGUCUAGUGGUAAAGGUUUCUUGUGAACGUUUUUGUUUUUAAAGUUGAGCCACAUGUAUUGAUCAAAAAUACAGACUAGACGUUGCUUUUACAUAAUCUGGUGAUGUUAUGAUAAGACUUGGCGAUUUAUAAAAUUACAGUAUGGAGCUUUACCAGUGGAUACAGCUUUAUUCAACUCGAUCCUGAUAUUUGUUAUUUAUGUAGAGAAUUUUAUUGUGUUUGCAUAUAUAUUGUAUGUACAUUUUGCGAUAAUCUGUCUGUAAAAGACUAAUGUCUUCUUGAGGAAAUGUGUUUAUUCUACCAUAUUUGAUGAAAAAUGUAUUUAGUCUGCGAUAUUUGACGAAAAAUGGAUGUGUUCUGCCGUAUAUUUGACGGAAAUUGUAUUGCGUUUUGAGAUAUUUGACGAAAAAUGGAUUUAUUUUGCCAUAUAUUUGACCAAAAUAUAUUACGUUUGCGAUAUUUGACGAAAAAUGGAUUUAUUCUGCCAUAUAUUUGGCCAAAAUGUAUUUCUGUCAUAUUUGACGAAUUCUAUGAUAAUGAUUCUAUUCUGCCAUGUUUGACGAUAAUAAAAUACAAACCAGAAGCGACCGCUUCCUAAUACGUUGUUUACGAGUACUUAUUUUGUGAGAGAAAAAAAUCGCUAUUGUUAUAUAAAUACAAGACAGAAAUAUCAAUUUUAAGAAAUCUUUUGGUUGUAAAAUGGGAUUCGUUUAUAUUUAAAAAAAAUCAUUAGAUUAGCUUUGAAUUUAUAAAUCAUCCAUUUUUAAUUUCUAUAAACCCAUCGCAAUUUGUAGCUGUUUUAAAAAAAUACCCUCAUGACUCUAAAUACGGGCUAAUUUUUAUAGCAUCUUCAUAAGAUAUUAGAUAGCAUAUAAACAAAAUUUCCCUUGGCGAAAUUUCCCUUAAUGAAAUCAAUAUGAUUAGAUUUUGUUCAAAGUUCAAAAAGUGUGAAACUUGUAAAAUGAUGUAUAACGUAUAACUGGUUAUUUUAGAAUUAAGAAGAUGUUUAAGAAAACUUUUUUAAGGGAGCUGAGGAAUCAAGUAGUAACUUUGGUAGCAACAUUUUAUAAGUUGGAGCAAGUCUUAAUUCGUAGUUCACAAAUUACAGCCUGUAGAAGAAACAUUGUUGUCCACUGCAUCUUAUGUAUUAAAGAGGCAUUUGAAAAAAGGCUGCCAUUAAAAAAAAAAGAAAUUUAUUUGCAUUGUUAGAAAAAGAUUUACUUAAUGUAUUACACACGAGAAUUAUACAUGUAUAAAUCAAUUUGUACAGUUAGAUCUUUUGACCAACUUCUCAAUAAAUAAAAAAUACUGCAUCUGA